GUGUAGUGAUAAAAAGUAAUAGAGAACAAAAACAUGAAAAAAUCAUAAAUGAAAAAUUUUACAGGUAUAUUCUGCCGAAAAAAUAAAUUUAAAUACAGUUUAUGUGAUGUAAUAUAAUGUUGCUUUAAAACAGUUGUACCGUGCAUGUUGUGUUUAAACCAUAGAAGUGGUAUUGUAAUUUUAUAAUUGGCAUUGUCCAGUGUAAGGUACAGCUAACGAACACAGUGCAUCUUUCCUUCCCGUAUGGCUGCAUAUGUUAACCGUACAAUAUCGAUGAUGGCUGGCGACGGGCCUCAUAACGUCGCUAUGAACAAUGGGACUGUGCGUGUCAAUAUGUCAAAUGUGGACUCGCCCCUACAGAUAUUUGUAAGAGCUAAAAAGAAGAUUAAUGACAUAUUUGUUGAAAUUGAUGAUUAUGUCAAGGAUGCAGUUACAUUUAUGCAUGCAGUGUCCGGUGAGAAUGGUAUCGCAACAGCACAAGAUGUUGCGAAUGUUGAAGCGUAUGUCAGUAAAGUACAGGCCAUACGAGAGGUUCUAAAACGAGAUCACAUGAAAGUAGCAUUCUUCGGAAGGACGAGCAAUGGUAAAAGCACAGUCAUCAACGCUAUGCUUCACGACAAGAUCUUGCCGAGUGGCAUCGGGCACACCACCAACUGCUUCCUGCAGGUGGAGGGAUCUGAUACAGAUGAGGCCUUCAUGAGGACGGAAGGUUCUGAGGAGAAACUCAAUGUACAGUCGGUGAGCCAGCUGGGCCACGCGCUGUGCGCGUCGCGGCUGCAGGAGUGCUCGCUGGUGCACGUGCACUGGCCGCGCGAGCUGUGCGCGCUGCUGCGCGACGACGUGGUGCUGGUGGACAGCCCGGGCGUCGACGUCACGCCCAACCUGGACCAGUGGAUCGACAAGCACUGCCUCGACGCCGACGUGUUCGUGCUCGUCGCCAACGCCGAGUCCACGCUCAUGGUCACUGAGAAGAAUUUCUUUCACAAAGUAUCGACGAAGAUAUCGCAACCGAAUAUAUUCAUAUUGAAUAAUCGAUGGGACGCCUCCGCCUCGGAACCCGAAUACUUAGACCAAGUGCGCAGCCAGCACGCCAACCGCUGCGUGGACUUCCUGUCCCGCGAGCUGCGCGUGUGCUCCCCCAAGGAGGCCGAGGAGCGCAUCUUCUUCAUCUCGGCCAAGGAGGCGCUGCUCACGCGCAUGCGCGAACGGGAGAAACCCGUCUCCUCCCCGAUCCUGGCGGACGGUCACCAGGUGCGCUACUUCGAGUUCGUGGACUUCGAGCGCAAGUUCGAGGAGUGCAUCAGCCAGUCGGCCGUCCGCACGAAGUUCGCGCAGCACUCGCGCCGCGGGAAGAACAUCGCCGGUGACGUCAUGGCGGCGCUCGAGCUGGUGUACAACAGCUCGAGCGAGCUAAAGGCGGCGAAGGUGGAGAAGCAACGUGUGUUGCAGGAGCAGCUCUCGGCUGUGGAGGAGCAGCUCACCGCCAUCACGCGCCAGAUGAAGGACAAGAUCGGCCGCAUGGUGGAGAGCGUGGAACACAAGGUGUCGCUGACGCUGAGCCAGGAGAUCCGGCGGCUGUCGGCGCUGGUGGACGAGUACGAGGCGCCGUUCCGCAGCGAGCGCGCGGCGCUGGAGCAGUACAAGCGCGCGCUGCACCGACACGUGGAGAGCGGGCUCGGCUCGCGGCUCAAGAAGCGCCUGUCCUCCGACAUCGGCCACGAAAUGGACGAGGCGCAGAAGGAAAUGGCUGAGCGCAUGUACAACAUACUGCCCAUGCACAAGCGAGCGGCGGCAGCCAGCUACAUCGUGCCCCAUCAGCAACCCUUCGAAGUACUCUACCGCCUCAACUGCGACAACCUCUGCGCCGACUUCCAGGAGGAUCUCACGUUCCGCUUUUCCUACGGCAUCACGGCUCUGAUCCAGCGAUUCCAAGGGCGGAACACGAAUAAAAUCGCCCUAAAGAAUCCUCCAACAGUCACACAGAUCCCUCCGGCGCUGCCCCCAGCGGCGCAGGAGCCCCCGCGCUCCGUCCCCGGCGUGGGCCCCCUCAGUGCGGAGGAGUGGAGCAUGGUGUCCAAGUUCGCGCUCGGCGCGCUCACCUCGCAGGGCACGAUGGGCGGCCUGCUGCUCUCCGGACUGUUGCUGAAGACGGUGGGCUGGCGCGUGGUGGCGGUGACGGGGCUGGUGUACGGCGCGCUGUACGCGUACGAGCGGCUGACGUGGACGACGCGCGCGCAGGAGCGCGUGUUCAAGCGGCAGUACGUGGCGCACGCGGGCCGCAAGCUGCGCCUCAUCGUCGACCUCACCUCCGCCAACUGCAGCCACCAGGUGCAGCAAGAACUCUCCACGAUGUUCGCUCGGCUCUGUCGCUUGGUGGACGAGGCGACCACCGAAAUGGAUAGCGAGCUGACCGAGGUCAAGGAAGCUAUUAAAAUGUUAGACGGAGCGUCCACCUCUGCCAAGAAACUGAGGAACAAGGCGAACUACCUCUGCCACGAACUGGAACUAUUCGAUGACGCUUUCCUCAAACAUUAGGAGAUUGUUAGUAUAUAAGAUAUCCCUGAACGGGCCGGUAGUUGCGGGAUGCAUUUCACACGAGAGCUCUGGUGCAGCGCAGCUGAUUAAAUAUUAUUAUCUUAGUUGUUAUGUUGUGUUGUCUCGAUGGUAGCGUGCUGCCUGAUUAAUGUGUUAAGUAUAACAAUAGUUGAGGAUUGAGUCGAACCUCGAAAUACCCUCAACGUAAUCUUACUUCAUAUACCUACAAAGACAAUAAUAUUCUGAUGUCUUUGGUUUUGACAGGCCUAUAUUUUAUUCUAUUUGGAAGUUUUUUAAAUAAUUAUUGUUGUUGUAUUUUAUUUUGAAAAUAAUUAUGACAUUUGAUUAUAAGGAAAUCUAAUAUGUUUUUACUUUUUAUAUCGAAAAGUAAUCAUCACACCGGACAUUUUAUGAAUUGAUUCUAAUGAGAAAACUGUAUAGGAUUGACAUAUAAUAUUUAUUUAAAGACAUAAGUUCAAAAACAUUGGACCAAUUUUAAUUUUCUUCUAAUAUUAAAAACCUCAAAAUAUAAGUAAGAUAACUAAAUAAAUUCGAAUAUUUUGUGAUAUAUAAAUAUUUUUCAUAAGGCAUUAGAUAUUACAAUAAUGUUACCAUUUGUUGGCGAAGACGCUACCGUCGAGACUCUUGAGGGUGUUAUGUGUGCAUGAUCUAUUUAUUUACUGUUGAUUAUUGUUGUUGUAGAUGUCUUAAAUAUGUAAGGUUAUAUGUAUGUCUUUAUACAAUACUGCAGAGAACAAGGACUUUAUUGUAAAUGCACAAAAUGUCAUUUUAUUUGUUAUGUAAAACGUCUGUUCAUAUGAAGAUGGAACUAAAAUAAAAUUAUAAUAAUGAUUGAUCAGUUUGUACAAGGACAUACAAUACAACCUCGCUGUUUUAUAUUUGUUAGCCUGUUGUAUUUCAAUGUGUAUAAACUGUUUUAAUCCCCUGCCAGCACCAUUGUAAUGACAUGACAAUUAUGGGGUCUUCGGUCCGCUGAGCUUCACUAUUAUAACCGUAUCAGCCAUCAAACAAAGAAAUUAAAUUAGAGGGCUUGGACAGGGCCUGUCGAUUUAAUUCAAAAGAGAUUUGAUAUGUUGACCUUGAUGUGACCUUGGAAAGGUCAAUCUUGUAUAUUUACUCAUGUAUAGUUGAAUAUAUCCAUGUAAAUUACUUUUGUUAUUAUUUUGUAUUUCGGCUUUAAUAUUUUAUAUAACAAGAGUUCCAGCUGGAUUGUGACAUAUUUUAGGGUAAAUUUUUAACGUCAGAUUUUUUUGUCAGUUAGUAUAAUAAUAAAUAAAAUAUUGCCACGUCACACGCAGCUUUGUAUAAUUUUCGUAAUUUUGUUAUUAUAAAACUUUGAAUUUUUAAUUUUGAUUAUAAUUAUUUAUAUGUCUGCUUGGUGCCCUAGUGCAAUACACCUUUGAAGAUAUAAAGCUAGAGCAGCUGACAUAUAACCAAGUUUAAUUCGACAUAUAUUUCGAAUAAAUUAAGAACAUUUGUAAAUUAAGAUUAAUACAGAAAGUAUUAUUACAUGUAAAGCACGAAGGAAAUUAUGUAUAAUAUACGCGAAAAUAAUGUUACCAAAUUGCAUAGGUCUGUAGUCAUUUUGAGAUGAUGUCCUCUUUGAAAGACAAUAUAAUUAUGGAUUAUUCAAUUAAUAAUAGAAAAUGCGGGAAAACUCCGGAGUAUACUAGAGUCAAUACAAUUGGGAAAAUAUAAAUAAUAUAAUGGUAAUUUCAUAAAUUAUAUAACAAUGCCACAGCUCUCUAAACUUCACCGAUUAUGUUAGAGGGUGAGACGGAGUGAGCUGUGAGUAUGUUCCGCUACAAAACAACGAAUAAUUGAAGAUCAAUUAUUGAAAUUAUAUAACAUUGAACCUAUCAAUUAUUCUAUCUAAUGCCUAUUAAUUUGCUUUAUAAAUUUAUUAGCUCUUUCAAGUAUGAUAUUAUAAAGUAAAAAUUAAACGUUUAAAACGGAGGAAUAUAAUUAUAAUUAAAUGUAAAUUUGUUAAAAAUGUAUGCAUGUAUGUCCUCCGGUACAGAGUACCUAUAAAUUGGCUAAUUUUACAUAACUCUAUGUAUUUUCUUCUUUAAUCUAAUUUGUACAAAAAAUCAACUAAUGGAAUACUUAAAUUGGAUUUAAAAUAAUUUUGCGUUCUUAAAUAAAAUUUUACAAAUGAUCAAAACUUAAAAUAAGAAUAGUAAUCUAAUACUACUGUUAAUAGUAAAAAUUCUGUUUGUUUUUGUACAAAUUACGGAUUAAAACGUAAUAUAUUUAUCGCAUAAAAAUAAUAUUUUUUCGUAAUCAUGUUUUUGGUUACUAAGUAGCAAAUAUAUGAGGCCCCACUUCAAUGUUAUGGAUUUAAGAGUUGUGGCCACAUACGGUUUAGAUAGAUUUUGUUGUCAAAUGUAAUUAGUCAUGCGUAAUUAGGUGAAUUUUCUUAUGUAAAUAAAUAAAGGAAUCCUUUAUAA